AUGCAUCGAUUCGAGGCCGACGAUUGGAUCAUGAUGUUCUGCGGCGCCAUGUUUGUCGUUUUCGUCGUCGUUGGACAACUUGCUGGCCAUGUUGCCUUUGGAGAAGAUAUCUGGAUGGUCGAACCAGAUGAACUCACAUUGGGCUUAAAGCUCUUCUUCAUCGACGAAAGUUUUUACCUCGCCUGCCUAGGUCUAACCAAGAUCUCAGUACUCUUCUUCUACCUCAGAAUCUUCCCGAACAAGUCCUUCCGAUGGGCAACGUACGCGACCAUGAUAUACAUCAUAAUAUCGACCACGGUGGUUUUGUUUAUGCAGAUUUUCCAGUGCAUCCCCUUUGAUUACAACUGGCUUGGCUGGAAAGGAGAUUUCGGUCCGCACCACUGCCUGGACAUCAACGCACUAGCCUUUGUGGCUGGCGGGCUGAGCAUCAGCCACGACCUCAUCAUUCUCGCCUUGCCCCUUCCGCUCCUGUGGCACCUCAACACGUCGAAACGCUCCAAGAUGGGCAUCUUAUUCAUGUUCAGUCUCGGCAUCUUCGUCCUCAUCACCUCAUGCAUCCGCCUUCGAUACAUCGUCUCAUUCACGCGGUCGCUCAACCCGACGUGGGACUUCACGGACCCCCUCAUCUGGUCCGGUCUCGAGGCGUCCGUGUCCAUGAUCGUCGUCUGCCUGCCCGCCCUCCGGAUGCUACUGAAGCGCGGCUGGCCCAAGAUGUUCAGCACGAUCGGCACGGCGGAUGCCAACUCGGCGCCGAAGAAGGCUUCCAACGCCUCAUCCCGGAUGACAUACGCCAUCAAGUCGGCAGAAGAUGGAGACGGCGACGGCGACGACAACGCGAUGAAUGAUGGAGACGAAGAGAUCGCCGACGUGAAUUUUGCUGCGAGCGAAGCGAGGGCCGCAAGGAGGAUGGCGGAGAAGAGGAGAAAGUUCUUCUCGUUCCGGUCGACGACUGUAGAACCGAAUGAGAGUGAGCUGGAGCUGGGCGACAAGGUGCGGGGCGAGGUCAGGACGCAGAUCCGGUACCAUGAUGGAGUGUCGGUGACGAGGAGGAGCUCUAUUGAGUCUGGGAUUCAUGUGAGAACGACGACGACUAUUCACGACGCGAAUGGGAAGACGUUCUGAGACCGUCGGUUGGGACGCUGAAGCACACACGCGCACACGCACACACGAGUCGGGCUGAGGGACUUGACUUUGGCAACUGUUCCUUUUUUCUUUUAUUUGAACAGGUACUGGGGCAUCGGGGUC